UACGUAUCUAGCACAAACUAACUGAUCAAUGAGAAAAUUCAAGAUGUCUCACUACUGCACUCAUAUUAUGUAGACCAAUGGGAUUGGGAGAUCAUUAUUCAAAGAGAUGAACGAAAUGACGGAAAAUUGGAGGAAGUAGUUGAGAAGAUAUAUGACUCUAUGAAAGUAACUGAGAACAUUUUGAUAUCGACAUACCCAGUGUUAAAUCGCAAGUUACCGGAAAAUAUUAAAUUCAUUACAACGCAAGAAUUAGAAGAUAUCUACCCCGACAAAAAACCGGCAGAACGUGAAUAUCUUGCAGUUAAACAGUAUGGUGCUGUUUUUCUCAAACAGAUCGGAAAGCUUCUGAAAUCCAAUACGAUACACGACAAUCGAGCCCCAGACUAUGAUGACUGGGAAUUGAAUGGAGAUAUACUAGUUUAUAGUGAACACGACGAUAGAUGUAUAGAAUUGUCAUCAAUGGGUAUCCGAGUGGAUGAGUUGUCAAUGGAGAGACAGUUGAAAGAAAGUGGUUGUGAAGCACGUAAACAGCUUGAAUAUCAUCAAAAUGUUCUGAAUGGUAUAUAUCCAUUAACGAUAGGUGGUGGAAUAGGACAGAGUCGAUUGUGUAUGUUCUUUAUGGAGAAGAAACAUAUUGGUGAAGUGCAAGUUAGUAUAUGGCCUGAACACGUUCGUCGUGAAUGUGAACAGAAUAAUAUAUUUCUCCUGUAAACUGAACGAAAUCAUUUUCUCUCAGCUUUAUUGUUGAAAAGAAUGUGAAGUGCAUGAAUAUUAAUUGUAUGUAUGUUUUCAUAAAUGUUGUCCUUUCAA